AACAAAAGGAAGUUCUAAUGGGUAUAUCAUGAAACAACUUAAUUUUUUGAAGUGUUAUCAUGCUGCUGAAUUGUACAGGGAGCAAAGCAGAUCAGAAGAGUAUGUGUAUAAUCCACUUCCAUCAGCAGAAACAUAUCUGAUAACCAGAGGUAGCCAUGCUACUGGAAAAGAGAUGGAUUUAGAAACACAAACUCAACAGUUGAUUCCAAGAAAAUCGAAGCAGCAUAUUGGAAUGGGACAGACUAGAUUGAGCAGGUCAAGUAGAAGUCUUCGAGGGUCUUCCAGUGAUGGUAUGCUUUUUUUGUUCCUGGGGAUAACCAUGGGCAUGAUGUCAAACAUUGGUGAUAACAGCAGAGAAAUAGACAAAUUAUGUGAACUGCUGAAGCAGACUGAGAACUUGAUUCAUGAAUUGCAUGAGGAACUCGAAACGAAAGAUCAGUUAACUUGGAAAGAGCUUGCCAACGCCAACGAGGGCUCGAAAUCCAAUGAACAUUCCUCCUGUAGCACACCUACUGCAUCUUCCAAAAACCAGGAACCAGAUAAAUAUACAAAAUUUGACAGCAGAGAACUACAGAAUGAGAAGAUGAAGAACUCUGAAGCAAUGAGUAAAAUUGAGGCAGAGCUUGAAGCUGAACUAGAGAGAUUGGAACUAAACAUGAAAAGAAGUAGCAUGGGGAGUAUUUUUCAGAAGGAUUCUAACUUUGAAGAUUUUGAUCCAGACAAGGCCAACGAGAAACCUUUCAAUUUAUCUGAAUCAGACCAUGAUGUAAGUGGAACCUCCUCUGCUCACACUCAAACAGCAAGCGGUGUUCUUUCACCUCAGGAGCUGAGCUUGCGUCUUCACAAGGUAAUUGAAUCAAGACUCAGAGCACGCAUUAUAGAACUAGAGGCAGCACUUGAAAAUAAACAGAAGAGGCUGCAUGCCAUUGUCUUGGAAUCUGAUAGCAGCAUAGUUCCUUCAAGGGACUUGUAUAGGAAAGAGAAACCAUCAUCUACACAGGUUGGCAUAAACUUCACAGAUCAAGUUAGUGACAUAGAUGAAGCUUCAUACGAGUAGAGUUAAGGUUAUGAGGAGAGUAUUAAGAGUGGGGAAGCAGAUGAAGAAGCUACUCCCUAGACAUUAAAUAUGGCAUUUAUAAAUGAGAAACAGAUGCAUUCUUUAGACAAGUAGCCAAUGAAGAAGGAAGAGGUUCAAUUGAUGGAGUUAAGAGCCUGAACCAUCAAGACAACCAAUAUCAAAGCUCGAGUUUCAAUUUGAGAAGAGGAAAUUGACAAAAGAUGACAUAAGAGAGUUAGAUAAUUUGGAGUACCAUCCUGAGAUGCUUAAAGAGUACCUUCAGGGAACAGAUCAGGCUCACUUUGUGUAUCCAAGGUCAGACGUUCAACUGUCUGUUAGAGUCCAAGUCCAAUUGGAAUUAGGAAGUAUAAUUAAUUUAGAAAGUAUAAUUAUUUAGGAAGUUUAGUAGAAUUUAAAUUAUGAAAUUUAAUAAUUAGAGUCCUAAAAGGACUAGGUUUUAGUGGUCUAUAUGUAUGAAUAGUUAGUUGACCAUUAUAUGAAAUGUAUUGCAAAGAGCCCAUAAAGUGGAGAGAUGUGUUGAAUUUCGUAAGUUUUGUUUGAGUGAUUUUGAGGGUGAGAAAAAUAAUUAGUGGUUGUAAUUAUUUUUCCUUGAUAGUGAAUUUAUUUAGUGAAAUAGGCUUACGCCGAACCACGUUAAAUUUUGUGUUCUUUAUUUUGUGUGAGUGUGAUUUUUCACAAUAAGUGGUAUCAGAGCUGUGGUAAGAGAUGUCAAAUAUGGCGAGCACAAAAUUUGAGUUGGAGCCGUUCGAUGAGAAAAAUAAUUUUGGUUUAUGGCAAAGCACUGUGAAAGAUGUCAUUGUACAACAAAGAUUAAUUAAAGCAUUAAAUGAGAAGAAAUCAACGACCAUGAAAGAUGAUGAUUGGGAGGAGUUUCAACAAAGGGCUGUGAGUACUGUUAGAUUGACGUUAGCCCUAGAUAUA